AUGGACCCCGCAAAGCCCGUUGACCUGCCCGAGAGGCCCAAGGAGGCCGCUGGACCUACGGAACCCCCCAAAAAGUCCAAGAGUCAGGAGAAGAAAGAGGCCGCAGCGGCUAAGAAAGCGGCGGCCAAGCUGCUAGCCAAACAGAAUCAGCCUAAAAAGGAAGAGUCCAACGCAGGCAAAGCAGCACCCAAGCCCAAGGAGGCUGCUGCUCCUCGGGACCCCAAUACCAUGUUCAAGGUCGGCUUCUUGCACGACGUGUACCAGGAAAAGCCUCUUUCCGAGACCGUCCCCAAGAUCCGCACACGAUUCCCUCCUGAGCCCAAUGGAUUCCUCCACAUCGGACACAGCAAGGCCAUCGCAAUCAACUUCGGGUUUGCAAAGUACCACGGCGGCGAGUGCAUUCUGCGCUUCGACGACACCAACCCCGAAGGUGAGGAGGAGCGGUACUACAACGCCAUCCGCGAGAUCGUGACAUGGCUCGGUUUCACUCCAGUGCGUGAGACCAACGCCAGCGACAACUUCGACCGUCUCUACGAGCUUGCAGAGGACCUCAUCCAGCGCGAUGGCGCCUACGUCUGCCAUUGCACCAAGUCCGAAAUCAAGGCCCAGCGCGGUGAGGUCGAGGGCGGCCAGCGCGGCGGAGAACGUUUCGCCUGCAGCCACCGCACACGACCCAUCGAGGAGUCCCUGGCCGAGUUCCGCGCCAUGCGCGACGGCAAAUACAAGGCCGGCGAGGCGGCACUGCGCAUGAAGCAGGAUAUCACAGACCCCAACCCGCAGAUGUGGGAUCUGUUCGCCUGGCGCAUCAUGGGCUCCGAGGACAAGCAGCACCACCUCACCGGCGGAAAGUGGAAGAUCUACCCGACCUACGACUUCGCGCACUGUCUGUGCGAUAGCAUCGAGGAAAUCUCCCACUCCCUCUGCACCACUGAAUUCGAGCUCUCCCGCGUCUCGUACGAAUGGCUCUGCGACAAGCUAGAAGUCUACCGUCCCAACCAGCGCGAAUACGGCCGUCUCAACAUCACCGGCACCGUCCUAUCCAAGCGCAAGAUCAUCCAGCUCGUCAAAGAAGGCCACGUCCGCGACUGGGACGACCCACGUCUCUACACCCUCAUCGCCCUCCGCCGCCGCGGCGUCCCCCCCGGCGCAAUCCUCGCCUUCGUCAACGACCUCGGCGUAACAAAGAACGUAACCAACGUCCAAGUCACCAAAUUCGAGCAGAUCGUCCGCCAGUACCUGGAAACCACCGUCCCGCGUCUAAUGGUCGUCCUCGAGCCUCUCAAGGUCAUCAUCGACGACCUCCCCGCCGACCACCUCGAGCUCCUCGACUGCCCCUUCUCCAAGGACCCCUCCUUCGGCACCCACAACAUCCCCUUCACCCGCACAGUCUACAUCGAGCGCUCCGAUUUCCGCCCCGUCGACUCGCCCGAUUACUUCCGUCUCGCCCCCGGCAAAACAGUCGGCCUCCUCAAAGUCCCCUACCCCAUCACCGCCACCUCCUUCGAAACAGACCCGGCCACCGGCGAAGUCACCUGCGUCCACGCCAAAUACGAAAAACCCGCCGAUGGCGAACAGCCCAAGAAACCAAAGUCCUUCAUCCACUGGAUCGCCGAGUCGCCCGCGCACAAUAGUCCCAUCCGCGCCGAGGUCCGCGCUUUCUCUUCCCUCUUCAAGUCUGAGGAUCCCUCUGCGCAUCCUGAUGGCUUCCUCGCUGAUAUCAAUCCCGAUUCUGAGGAGAUUUAUAAGGAUGCUAUGGUUGAGGUCGGGUUCAGGGAUAUUGAGAAGUCGGCCCCCUGGCCUAAGGAGCAGGGUGCUACUGAGCCGGGCGUUAAUAAGCAUGCUGUGAGAUUCCAGGGUAUGCGUGUUGCGUACUUUGCUGUUGAUCGCGAGUCGACGGAUGAGAAGUUGGUGCUUAAUCGUAUUGUUACGCUUAAGGAUACUCAGGGGAAGAACUGA